ACGGUCGGCGGUACCAAGGAACUGCGAAUAGCGCGCGGUACUUACGAAAUUUCGCGCGCGUUCUUCUCGUGCGUGAAUUUUUUGCUGUGUUUACUUGUUUAGUAUUUUAUCGUGUGUUCUAUUAUUAUUCAGGAAAUAUGAUCACUCUUUAUAGAACCAUUAAGGGAACUACCAAGGGAAGGAAGAAGAGAGCAACGAAAGGAAUACCGCAAUUAGAACAAGCACUGCCAGAAACCCCAUCAGAAAUGGUUUCUAGACGCAGAAUAUUAUCUAGAUCACGUGACGAUUUGCAUAUGGAUACAGGAUUCCAACCUCCAGAAGAGGAAGAAGAUGUUUGGUAUCAGCGAGACAAACUCUAUAAGGACCACAUACAAGAAGUUUUGGAUAAAUGGACUCAAAUUGAUGAUGAAAUCUGGGCUAAAGUUAUCGUAUUAGAAAGAAACAGAAGGGUGGCUAAAGCAUACGCGCGCGCACCUGUUUUAACUGUUAACGGAUCAGAUGACGGAUUUGAUGGUUUCAGAAUUGGUUUAUGCGGCUUUGAUAAUCCAAUGAGAGACCAGAAAACUGAAGAAUUUAAAAGACAUAUUGGCCAUGGUGUUAAAAUCAAAAUGGACGAUGCGGGGAACAUUCUAAUUAAAAGAGUAUCGAAAUGCAUGGUCUACAUAAAAAAUACCGGUCAGGACGACGAAAACGCUAUAGGAAAUGAAAUUUUAAAAUUGCCCAAUAGCGCUUUAGAGCCAGAGAAACCUGUCAAACUGUUUGAUAUGAAAAAGUUUGAAUCCAACGUCAAACGAGAACUUAGGAGAGCCUAUCCAGACCGUAGAAGAUUAGAAUGUCAGUGUCUUAGUGCAAUAGCUUUUGUGAAAAAUGAACAAGAACUUUUGGAAUGUCCCAUUUGGGUUCUUAUUAUUAACGUCGUGGCCAUGGAUAUGUUAAAAUCAAAAUUACCACCAGUGCAUCGUGCAAUGGACAUAAAAAAUCGACCCCGCAUUCCAAUCCCUGAUGAGGAUCCUUACAGUAUUGCAGGAAAUGGUAGUGGUUCUUCAGGAAGUUCUGGUUUUGCCGGGGGCAGUGUUGCUGCUACCAGGGAGCAACUUUUACUCCAAAGUCAGCAACAUGCGCAGAGACGUGGUGACAAACCACCCAAGUUACCACCUAGAGAUAUGUACCACGAUAUACCCAAGCCCGACUAUGAUGACCAAGAAGAACAAAAGGUCAUAAAAGCCCUAUCAUCUUCUAGAAAUAAUAAGGAAAAAUCGAAAGACAAUAAAAAAUAUGAUGAUCCUUACUACUGCGGUCUUCGUGCAAGAGUGCCAAACUUCGUAGCCAAAUCAAAAACCUCUCCCAAGGAGUCACUACCCGCCAAGAGAUACUCAAUCACCCAACAACAGCAGCAUCAACAAAUAAUAAUGAAUCAGCAUAUGAAUAAUAUGAGUCAUCACCAAAUUCACCCACACCCUAUGUGGCACGCAAGAAGCUAUGAAAGUGGCAUAGAUUCAGACGCAGUAGAAUCUCCUUAUAACCAAAUCUACGGCCGACUACCGAUACCUACUAGAAACUAUAUACCAACACAACCAAGAACAAUGUACAUUGGAGAAUGGGAUUGAUGAAGUUAGAAUAAAUUAGGUACCUACUGCUUGAAAAUGCUGUUGUAAAUUAUUUUGUGGCAAACGCUUUUUUAGAUAUUUACCAUAUACUUACCAUGAUCUUUGUUUUUCUUAUUUGGGUAAAAUUUUACCUACAUAUAUUUUGUAUUAUUUCUUUUAGUGAAAGUUUCAUGAGUAGAAAAAAUAUGGAUCUACCUGAGUAUUCAUCAUACAAUCAAGAAAAAUAUUUUAGAUUCUUUGUUUGAAAUAUUCCCAAAAUUGGCAUUCCGCUCAUAUUUUAUUAUAGGAAAACUAUAUAAAUGUUAUCAACUUCCAGCAAGGACAAAUUGAAAGAUAAAACAUUGUUCUCUUCCACUCAUACCCUUCAUUUUUAUAAUUGCAAAGAUCCGCAAACUUGACAAAUGAUUAUUUUCACAAAUUAUUUACUCUGAAAUACAAACUUUUAAAAAAAAUCUGCUGCAUGAGUAGGCAAGUGUUUUUCUUUGACUCUUUUGGCAACUGGAUCCACAAAGGAACCUCUGUGUUGGAAUUGAGGCAAACUCUAGCAUCAAUUCUAGUAAAUCAAAUUCAUUGCCACAUACGUUUUUAUGAGUGGGAUUAAAAUAUUCACUGGAAACUGAUAUGAGAAAUAUGGUUUAUAGUUUUCCUAUAGUUGCCUGACCCAAACGAAAGUUUAGGCAUAUUUUGGUUCAAUCAGUGCACUCUUAAGACUCACCAAUGUUAUAAUCACAAUUUACCAUACCAUUUCCAAAUCACUCUUACUCUGUUCUAAGGGUGAAAAUAACGUUAAUUUCGAGAGAGAUUCUGUAACCUUCUGACUUGAUUUUUUAGUUUUAGGACUAAAAAAUGCAAAGUUUCAUGGAUUGUACCCGAAUUUAUCAAUACAUAUUAGUUCCACUCUAGUACCCUUUCUCCUUCAAUUAUUUUCUGUUCUAUGAAAAUUCAAGAUAAAUAAUUUGUCUUAAAUAUAGGUAGGUACACACAAUAAUAAUUUAUGUAUUUUUGAAUAAUAAGUACGUCUUUACUUGUUUUUUCUUAAAGAAAUAAUUGUAGAUAGUUUAAAACUAAAAUUAAGCAAAUCUUCAGAAAGGCAAUAUUAGGUAUAAGAAUUCUAGUUUUGAAAACUGUAAGUUAAAAUACUCAAAUAUUGAUAAUACCUAGACCUAAUUACAUACCCUAUUGUAUUUUUUUCUAAUAUGGUGCGUUAUCAUAUAAUUUUUGUAUGUUAUAAUAACAUAUAUUUUACUUAUGAUGUGAUUACUCUGUAGUAAAACUUACCGUUAGUCGUAUUUUAUUUAUCCCCUAGAUAUAGAAAUCAUCUUUUUUUUUUUUGUAAAGUUUGUAUAUUCGUUUGAUAUAAUGUUUUUUAAUUUAUACUAUAAAUACAUGGUGAUGGCAAAUUAA